AGUGCCCCAACCAGCAGGUGCUGAUCUGGCAGAUCUUGGCCACCCUGGAUGUGGCCAGUUGGGGCCAGGCCUUACUGGUGGCCAGUUUGGGGUGCGAACUGGGACUGAGCCGGGUGGAGCCCAGUAGCGAGGGCUUACUGGGAGAACUGGUGGAGGUGGUGAAGGACUACACGGACCAGGUGGCCCUAAGGAGGCGGCUCCGCUACGAGUGUGCUGUGUGCGGGUGGGGCCUGCCCUGGGCACAGAUGCAGUGGCUGCCCGGCUGCUCGUGCCCGCUGUGCCCCGAGUGCUUCCGGCUGCACUUCAUGGUGGGGGUCCAGGAGAGGGGGGUGGGGGCCCUGGGCUGCCCCAGCUGCUCCCAUCCCGACCUGCGUGACAAUGCCCAGCACCUCUGGUACUGGUCCACACUGGAACUGCAGCUCCAGAGCUGUUUGGACCCCGACACCUUUGACUUUGUGACCCAGAAACUGAUGGAGCUGGACCUGCUUCAGGACCCCCAAUUCCAGUGGUUCCCCCAUUGCUCCUUCGGGUUCAUCUUCGAGGCCGAGCGGGGCCCGGCCCAGUGUCCCCAGUGCCACCAGUGCUGCUGUCCCCGGUGCCAGUACCCGUGGGACCCCAGCACUCCACCCUGUCCUGUGCUGAGGUUGGGGCCUGGUUGAGCUCCUGGGACCCCCAAGGAGCCUCCGGGGGUCUGGAGUUUUUUCUAGGGGAGCAUGGAAUCAGUGAGGGGAGUCCUGGGGGGCUCUGAGGGGCCGUGGGGCAGAUUGCAGG